CCAACCCCAAGCAAAGACCUGUGCUUUCCAUGUGGAGGUCCUGAGAUGGCCUAGAUCCAUGGAGCUCUGUUUUCUUCCUCUAUAGGGAAAGCAACGCAUAUGUUCUUUUCUGAAAUCCACACCCACAGCUACUACCCGAAGCCCGAGCAACUAACCAAUAGAAGAGUUCAUUGCACACCAGCAAAUUGCCUGCCUUGUCGGUUAAUUUUCUGUACUUCUCCCUCAACAAAUUUUCACCUGGAGAGAGUUUCUUGGGUUUUCUCCAAACAGAACACCUUGCAGCUACCUUGCCAAAUCCCAAGAGAAUUUUUAUUCGGUGUUAGUGGAGGUUCAUCUGGAGGUGCAGAGAUGGGUUAGAUUUCUGGAGCUUCUUUCGUUAAUUUCGGGGUCCUUCCUACACAGACAAAUUCACCAUGCCUCGACUGGAGCUUGGUGUGUACAGAGUCGAGGAUGCGGUUGAAAGAAUAAUCCCUUUGUUGGAGGAUACUGGAACAACCAUCUACUUUGACGGAUGGGAUGGACUGGCUGCUUCUGCUGUGCUCAGAGCUAUAGCAGAGGACCCUCCACCAUCUCUGAAGAAGAAAUUUGACAAGAUCCUCCACAUUGAUUGCUCGAUGUGGAAGAGCCGAAGGGCACUCCAGAGGGCGAUCGCUGAUGAACUCAACCUUACUCAGAGGGUAAUGGCGGCUUUCAACAGGCAAGAUGAGGAGGAUGAUUUCAGCGGAGUAGAUGAAGGUUCUAGAGCUGAGAUUGGAGAAGUUUGGUGGCUGAUAACUGAAUCCCUGUUACGAUGCAGAUACUUAGUUGUCUUUCACAAUGGAAGCAAUGAUACGGUGGACUUGGCUAGUUGUGGUAUUCCACGACCUGAAUUCCUUGGUUCUAAGAUACUGUGGACUUUCAGAGGAAGGCUUCGGCUCAACCCGCAAGUAAAAGACAAGGUGGACAGUUCACAUUUGAUUAUUUAUCAGACUCUUUACUGGAGCUUCAACGAUGACACUGCUAAACUAAUAUUGGAUGAGGCUACAGAAAUUGUCAAGUCCAUACAGCAUAAGCAGAGCAUCACCCCAACAAUAGCUGCCAAGUGUAUCUCCUACAUAUUGUGGUUGAUUAAUCAAAAGGGGUGGAAUAAUUGUACCAUGGACUACAAUUGGACUACCCACGCUUCCAACUAUUGGGUUUGUGAUGGAAUUAUCGAAGAAGGUCAGUCUGAUGACUCCUGGGAGCUCUCUACCGCUCUCCAUCAACAGAUACGAUUAGAGGACUGCUCAUAUCAAACAGUCAAGUUCCGUGGUCAUGAAUACAGGGAACAUUGGAAGUCUGUCAUCGAAGAUCCAUCUAACAUUGAAGAAGGGACAUCAUCCUAUUUCCUUAGUGCCAAAAACGGAUUAUCAUUGCCACGUAAAAUGUUUCAACAGUCGUAUAGACUUCGUGUACUGAAACUGUCUGGAUGCAAUUUCAGCUUCUAUUCCCCUCCAUUCUGCUGUUGCCAUAGCCUAAGAUUCCUUGGAUUAGACAAAUGCAAAGAUCAACCGCAGGAAGAAGAGGACAAGCAAAGGAGACCAACAAUGAAAUAUCUCCAUAGCCUAUGGGUGCUAGAUGUUAGGAACAUGGAUUGGGAAUUGGAUCUAUUGCAAGACUCGAUAGAGCAGAUGGCUGUAAACAUCAGAGAGAUUCAUGUAAAGAAUGGAAGGAUUUGGCGCAGCAACCUUGCAUGGGGACAACUGCAGAACCUUCGCAAGCUUCGAGUAAUCAAGCCUACAAGCUCUUGGGAGACAGGUUUAGAAAAUGAAUUUAUGGAUAUGUUGAAGCUGGAAAUCCUUGACCUAUCUGGAAACAAUGCCAUCCAAGUUUUGCCGAGCUUGUGUGGGGCAACUGGAUUGAAAACUCUCAUCCUAGAUGGUUGUGCGGAGUUGGAUCAUGUUGGUCCAGGACUACCUCCAUCACUUGAGUCAUUCAGUUUCGAUGCCGGAGCAGGGGAUGAUGGUCGCAAUACAGCUAAAAUAUCACGUAUCACCUUGGCCGGUUGUCCAAAACUGGUCGAGUUCAGAUUGCUUGGAUCCCUCUCAAAGCUUGAGGAGCUGGACCUCUCUGGCACACCGGUGAAAAUUCUAGACCUGAAAAAGGAGAUCCAAGUUCAAAAUCUUCAACGAAUCUUCCUGAUAGGAUGCAAGCAGCUCCGUUCAAUUAUUUGGCCAGAAAAAAGGAUGGAACAACUGAGGUUAGUAUGCAUUGAUACGCGACAGGAAUUAGUGUUGACGGAAACAUCACGUGAUUCUCUUGUCUGCCCAGAGCAGGAAAAGUACUGCCAUGCACGUGUUUCUGUCACAGACAUGAGGUUCUUUCAGUCGUUGGUGGCAACAGAUGGUGAAGUGUUUCGCUGGAUCACUACCCCAUUUAAGCUGAAUCUCAACCUGUCGUGCACUAGCAAUGAUGAUGGCAUUUUUAUUAGCAGGACUAAAAAACAUGUUCGGUCGUCAAAUCUACACAAGCCAUUAAUCUCCAUGGCAUGCCUCAUCUACAAUGACAUCAGCAUUGAAGAGAUAGCUACUAAUAAAGCUGAUGGCAGUAGUGCGCUGCAGUUUGAGCCACAAGACCUCCAUGUUGAGAUCGGUCAGGGGGCAAUCAACACUGAAGUGCUCAAUCCACAAAGCACAUCGGCCAAAGCUAUAAGGUAUAUGAUGGACAGGGUCAUGUCGUUGCACGUGCACGACAGUUGUUCCAUCACCACUAUCAUCCCUAAGCACAUUGCAUCAGCAACUGGCCAGGAAAUUCAUUACCCUGCUCUUAAGUGGUGCCGUGUGGAGAAAUGCCCAAAGUUGGAAGUUGUCUUCCAUACUAACUAUGAUGGCCAUGACUGUUGGUUUGAGCAACUGGAGACCUUUUGGGCAGCUGAUCUCUUGAUGGCCCGUUCGAUCUGGAGCAGAGGAAGGCCAUAUGGUGAGGCGGACUCUGUAUCCUUCGCAAGACUGCGGGCCAUACAUCUGCACAUGUGCCCCAGGCUCCAAUUUGUCCUCCCGUUGUCAUGGGGAUAUACCUUGUCCAGCCUGGAGACCAUCCACAUAGUCUGCUGCCGUGACCUCAAACAGGUCUUCCCAGUGGAGUCUGGCUUUUUGAAGCGAGUCGCUACCAGGCAUCAAAACGGCAUGCUGGAAUUCCCAAAGCUCAAGCACUUGUACCUGCACGAUCUCUCCUGCCUGCAACAGAUAUGCGAGGCAAAAAUAUUUGCUCCCGAGCUGGAGACUGUCCGCAUCAGGGGCUGCUGGGGCUUGAGGCGCCUCCCGGCCAUUGAUCGCCAUCGUCGAGACGGACGUCUUGUUGCUGUGGACUGCGAGAAGGAUUGGUGGGACAACCUGGAGUGGGAUGGGCUGGACGUCGGCCACCAGCCCUCCCUCUUUGCGCCAUGCCACCCGGCGUACUACAAGAAGCGAUUGCUGAGAACCACGGUUCUCCGGUGAACCGGCCUCACGUACUUGGCUGCUUGCUCGCCUGUCCAGAUUUCGUAGGGGUUUGAGGAGAGACGAUAGCGGCAAGCUCUGCUUUCUGUCGCGUGCUUACAUCGCCACGAGGGUCCAACUGUUUGCUUAGCCAAGUCUUCGAUGUGUUUCCUCAAGAAUAAACAAUUGGCGUCCGAUGCUGCCGGUAUCUGCCAAAUUCAGUGUGUUAAUAUGCUUUUUUCUAUGUUGAUUUGUAUGCGUCUCUGACAAACGUACCAUAUGUGUUUGGUCUUGCUUUGCUAUGUGUGUGCGCUUUGAAAUAAGAAGGCCUGAUGGGACUGCGUUGUUUUGUGUGUCUAUCAGUCCCUGGAACCCCAUGGUGUGACGAUGUUGAUUUCAAGAAACAUUUUUGAAACAAAUUUGUAAUCAAUGAAUUGUUGGGUGAUUAAUUA